CAAAAAUGGCUGGAAGUUCAUCAGCACCAUCGUCAACUGUUGAGCGAUUGAAACAACUAGAGGCGGUUGAGGGUGAUAUAGUCAAUGCUAUUCAGAGUGCAGGAUCUGCUCUUCAAGAGUUAUCGAAAGACAAACCAGUGAUGAAAAAUGUUGAAUCUCACACCACUACUUUCAUCAAAACCCUAGUAGAUGUAGAGAAGAAGUUAACAGGACAUAUCAACUACCUAACACAAGUUUCUACAGGUAAAUUUGCUUCAGUUUUAGUACACAGUAAGCAUGAAAGAGGCUGACAUCAUAGGAACGUU